AUGAAUUCCAAAAGAAAUUCUCUUUUACGCCAAAACAAGUUUGUUCAAAAAGAAAAUCGUUAUAAAAGUCCAAAUGAUGUGGUUCAUAUAUCUGGAUAUAACAAGGAAGUCACUGACCACCCAGAAAAAGGAAACUUUUCAGAAAAUCCUGAAGAAACUGCAGAAUCAUCAAGCACUAAUAGUUUUAAGGGUGGGGAGGUUUCAACCCUCACUCAGGUUUUCCAUGUAUUACUAGAAAAAGAAAAUUAUUUGACUCAGUUUGGUGAAGGUACAUUAGCAAAGUUCUAUGCUCAUAUCAUGGAAAACACUGGUGUCAACUUAGAAUCAUCUUUUGUCAAAGACCAAGGUCUUUAUGUGACAGUGUUUGGCAACCGAGAAGCUGUCACAAAUGCUGAGAAUGUAAUUUUUAAAUGGUGUCAAGAACAAUAUUUACCUUUAACUCUCAUUUCAAAACAAGAACAUUGCUUUUUUUUAGACCAGACUGGAGAUAAAUCACAAGAUUUGGAACAAGAAGCUGAAAUAAAUACUCAGACCUCAAGUCCACCUGAUCAGAGAAACAGCAUAAAUAGUGUUGAUUUGAAUCAGACAAAGAUGAAGUGUUCAGAUGGUGAUAUACAGAUAUUAGAAAUGGAGAAAACAUUUAAUCCCCUCACUGUUAAGGCAUACCUGCAAGCAAGUGACAUUUUUGAAGAAGCAGAAGAACAUAUCCCUUUUCAACUCUGUAGUGCCAAGGAGACAGAUGUAGAUAUUAAUGAAAGACAGCUGCAUGUAGAUCAGACAAUUUGUCUUAAAAAUGAUAUGAUUGAGAAGACCAGUACUGGAUCUGAGGGUAUGAUGAUGAAGUUUCAAGGCAAUUGUACUAGAAGUCUCAAAAGAAAUUUUCUAGAAGAGAUCUUAGAAACAAGUGAUGAUUCAACAGGACAAUCACCAUCAGAAAGCAUGUCAGAUUCUAUGACACAACACAGUGACCCUGACAGUUCUGCAGAGCUAUUUAAUGAAGGUGAAGGUGAUGAUGAUUAUACUGUUUCUUCGAUCUUUGCACCUUCUUGGUUGCACAGGUUUAUUAUUGGUAAAAAAGGUGAGAAUAUUGCUGAGAUAACAGAGUAUGCUCCAAAAGUUCAAAUACAUUUUACAGCUAAAGAUAAAAUAACACUGAAAGGACCAAUAGAUGACGUAAAUUAUGCUCAAGAAAAAUUUGAUAUCAUUGUCAAGGAUCUAAUGAGUAAAAUGGAAUAUACUGAGAUUAACAGUGACAGUAAAUUUCAUAAAUACCUGACAGGGAAUAAUGGCGAGAUCCUAAAUAGAAUUACAGAGAAGAACCAAGUCUCUAUCACAAUGUUUCCUGAAAAUGAAUCAAACCAAUCAAUCCGAAUUGAAGGAGAAUCUCUGGGUGUCCACCAGGCCAAAAAAGAACUCCUUGAUCUGGCAAAUAACUUGGAAGAAGAAUACAGCCAGGACAUAAUCAUCAAACACCAAUUUCACCACAUACUUAUUGGGCAAAAAGGCGAAAGGGUUCGUGAAAUUUGUAAAAAAUUCCCUGAUGUUAUCCUCAAUUUUCCACACCCUGCAGAGAAAAGUGAUAUUGUUCAACUGAUAGGGCCGAGAUAUGAAUCAGAGAAGUGUGCACAGUAUUUGGAGAAUAUGUUGACAGAUAUUAAAGAAAAUAACUAUUCUAUAAGUAUUUCUAUAAUAAAAAAGCUUCACAAAAGGAUAAUUGGAAAAGGAGCUUCAAACAUCAAAAAAAUCUCUGAAACAACCAACACCAAAAUUAGUUUUCCACCAGAAAACUGCAAUUCAGAAGAGUUUAUCAUUACUGGAUAUCCAGAAAAUUGUGAAAUUGCACGUAAUUGGAUACUUUCAAUUCAGCAAGAGUUAGCUGAUACUGCAGAGGAGGAAAUUACCCUUCCCGCUAAACUAUACAAACAUCUGACUAAUCCCAAAGAAAGUUUGUUAAAUUCAAUCAUAGAAGAAUGUGGGCAGAUCCAUCUGCAUUUUCCGAAAAAUAAGUCAAACCUGAAUAAAGUGGUUAUCAUGGGCUCUGUUGAAAGUGUUGAAAAAGCCAAAGCAAAGCUUCUUAAACUUGCAGAAGAAGAGCAAGCCAAGAAUUACUCUGAGACUCUUCAGGUCAAAUCACAAUAUCAUCAAUUCCUUGUGAACAAAAAUGGAGCUAAUAUUUCAAAAAUCUGUGAUGAGACUGGGACAUGUGUCCUUUUCCCUAACCCAACGAAUAAGGAUCAAGAAACCAUAACAAUUACAGGGACUGAGGAAUCUGUUAAAGAGGUGCAAAAACGACUAGAGGAUUUAGUUAAAGACUUAGAGAAUGAGGCAGAUGAUUCCAUACUAAUAAAUCGUAGAUUUCAUCAUUAUUUUGUCAUGCGGAGGGGCCAGUUAUUAAAAGAAAUGGCAGAAGAGUAUGGUGGUGUAGUUAUUACAUUCUCUUAUGCAGGGAGACAGAAUACAAAGGUCACAAUUAAAGGGGCGAAACCUUGCGUUGAAGCAGCAAAGAAACACAUUAAGGAGAUUUUUGAGCCUUUGGGCUCCCAAGUUACAACACGGUAUGUUAUACCCCAGAAUUUCCAACCUUUUAUCAUGGGUCCAAUAAGUUCACGAAUCCAACAAAUUGCUAGGGAUUAUAAAGUUGAAAUAAAAUUUCCAGAUAUAGAGAAAUCAGUCAUAAAUAUGGAUCUAGGUACUCAGGAGAAAGGAAAAGAAAAGUGGAAAAGGACUGGUAAAGAGCUUACUCCUAAUUCCCCAAGGAAAAGUGACACCAUAUUUAUCUCUGGCCAAGUAGAAAAUUGCAAGGCAGCUACUGAAGCUCUGGCAUCUAUAAUUCCUGUCACUGCUGAAGUUCAUGUGCCCCUUCACCUACAUCCUUAUAUCAUUGGUCACAAGGGAAGUGGUUUACGCAAACUAGUAAAGGAAUUUGAAGUUCAUAUGCAGGUACCACAACCUGGAAAAAAUUCUGAUACCAUAUCUAUUAUGGGCCUUGCAGCAAAUGUGGAACAAGCCAAGAUGAAAUUACAAAAGCGAGUCAAGUCUUUACAAAUGGAAAUAGAAGAUCGGACACUAAGAAAUUUUAAGUUAAUGUUCAAUCUAGAUCCUAAAUAUCGAGCCAAGAUCACUGGUCAUAAGGGUUUGCUUAUUACUCAAAUUUGCACAGAACAUGAUGUUACAGUCCGUUUUCCAAAGAAAGGAGGCCAUGAGAUACAAGACCAGAUCACUAUUACUGGUUAUAAAGAGAACACUCUAGCAGCUCGAGAUGCAAUAAUGAGAGUAUUGCAUAAAAUUGAAAAAACAAUUUCUAAGGAAAUCACACUAAACCAGCAGGUUCGUAGCAAUGUUAUUGGAUUCCGUGGAAAAACCAUUAAUAAAAUCAUGGAUCAAUACCAAGUAGAUAUACGUUUACCUCCAAAGGGGUCCUAUAAUCCUAAUAUCACAGUGACUGGUCUCCCUGAUAAUGUAGAAAAAGCAAUUGAGCAUAUUCUUAAUCUUGAAAAGUAUUAUCUGUCAGCUGCCAUAAACCAUGGAUCUCAGCAUGAACAAACUAAAAGUAUGUCCCUUUGCAAUAUAGCCAUGACACCAUCCAAGAGUUUUGUGAGAAAGUAUGUUCCCUGCUAUGCUAAAACAACCACAAAACUCCCAGAUGUAGAAAAUUGUGAACACUUUCCAAGAUUGAAACAGCGAAUAUCUUCUAAGGGUCAUCCUUCAAAACUGUGA